CAUCCAAAACUGUACAGAGGCAAGAUGAUGAGGAGGGUGAGUCUCUCUAUAGCAUUGUUGCUGUGCAUGGCCGCUGCGGCGAGCGCGCAGUCGGCGUCCAACGUCCGUGCGACAUACAACGACUACAACCCGGCGCAGCACAAUUGGGACCUGAUUGCAACCAGUGUUUACUGCGCGACAUGGGAUGCCAAUAUGCCGCUCGCAUGGCGGCAGAAGUAUGGGUGGACCGCCUUCUGCGGUCCGGUCGGCCCGACCGGCCAAGCUUCCUGUGGAAAGUGUUUGCUGGUGACAAACACUGCCACUGGAGCGCAAGCCACUGUCAGGAUUGUGGACCAAUGCUCGAAUGGAGGGCUUGAUUUGGACCAUGCUGUGUUCUCUCAACUUGACACAAAUGGGCAAGGCAUUGCUCAAGGCCAUCUGAUCGUCAACUACCAGUUUGUAGACUGUGGUGAUUAAUUAUAUAGCAAUAUCAUGUGAUCAUCUUAUGUAAACAUCCACAGAAAUUAAGUAAUAUACAAUAAGGAUGUCGUCUUGUCUACUUCUAAUAAAAACAUCAUAGUUCGCUAGCAA